ACACACUGAGUGCAGCCCAGUGCCCUGCCGCCCGCCAAACGCAAUCACGAAUCGAAGCGACACGCGCACGCGUUCCACCGAAGUGGUUGCAGCACUGCAGAGCCGCCAACUGCCAGCUCGGCACGCGCACUCUUUUCCAUUGGCACCGUGUGCUUGCAAAAUGCAACAAGCAGUCCUCGUCCUCGCGGCAGGCACAUGCCUCGCCGCGCGGACGCACCGCUUAACAGUCUCGAACGUGCCGCGGUGGGUGCCGACGCGACGCCUCUUGGGCGACGGCGGCUGGCGCGCGGACGGCGACGCCUGGACGGCGGAGCUGACGACGCGCGACGCGUGCGACGUCGCCGCGAGCAUUCGCGGCGUCGGUCUCGACGGUCGCAAGCUGCUGCUCGAGGCGACGCCGAAGCUGCCGCGACCCGCGGUGCGCGCGGCCCGCCUCGAGGACGCGCGACGGCGGCGCACGACGAGCCCGGGCUUUACGCGCCGGGGCGCCCGCGUCGACGCGGAGGGCAAGUGGUCGCUCACUCCCGAACGCCUCGCGAACGAGAUCGCCGACAAGGUGCCCGCGGGCAGCUCGGUCUUUGACUGCUGCUGCGGCUGCGGCGGCAAUGCGAUCGCCUUCGCGCGGCGCUGCGCCGUCACGGCCAUCGACGUGAGCGCGGACCGCGUCGCGCUCGCGCGGAGGAACGCGAAAAUCUACGGCGUGGACGUCCGCGUCGACGUGGGCGACGCCCUGCGCGACGAGCGGACCGCCGACGUCCUAUUCGUCGACGCGCCCUGGGGCCGCGAGUGGGACAAGGAGCGCACGGACCUCGACUCGCUGCCCCUGCUGCGGGACGUGCUCGCCGCGGCGCCGGGUCGAUUCAAACGAGUACUCGCCAAGGUGCCGCCGUCCUUCGCGACGGCCGCCGUCCCGGGCGCUGCGGCCGAGGCGUUUUUCGGCCACGAGUCGGGCGACGCGCGGCGGAUCAAGUUCGUGCUGCUCGAUUUAGUUUUGUGACUGUGUGUGUCCUGAAUUUAAGUUUCUCUCUAG